AUGUCCUCUUCUAAAUGUGAACACGAACACGAACACGAACAUGAACAUGAACAUGAACAUAAUCAUAAUCAUAGUCAUCAUCAUGCUAAAAAAGCCUUCUUUCGAACGAAAACGUUUCGUUUAUUGGUAAUGUUAUCUUUAACAUUUCUAUUUUUUAUUGUUGAACUUGUUGUUGGUAAUAUAACAAAAUCGGUUGCACUUGUUGCUGAUGCAUUUCAUAUGUUAUCUGAUGUAAUAUCACUUAUUAUUGGAAUUGUUGCUGUUAGAAUUGUUAAACGUCGAUCAAAUGCAAAUACAUAUGGUUGGGUACGUGCUGAAGUUGUUGGAGCAAAUAUUAAUACAGUUUUUCUUCUUGCCCUUUGUUUAACAAUUGUAUUUGAUGCUAUUAUACGUUAUAUUGAACCUGAACCAAUUGAAAAUGUUAAUUUAUUACUUAUUGUUGGUUGUAUAGGUUUAGGAAUUAAUAUUAUUGGUUUAUUCUUAUUUCAAGGAUUUCAUGGACAUUCUCAUGGAGGUCAUUCACAUGGAGGACAUUCACAUGGAAUUCAAAAACCACAAUCUAAUGAACAUGUUGAAGCAGAUGAACAAACUGAAAAUUUUAAUAGAUUUGAAAGACAUAGUACACGAGCAUUACAAGAGGUUAUUGCUGAUUGUGCUAAUCAAGUUGCGGAAGAUUCAUUAGAUACAGUUAUUGAAAUGGAUGAAAAGAAAACUAAUAAAAAAGAAGAAAAAAAAUCGAAGAAAAAAGCAUCAAUGAAUAUGCAUGGAGUUUUUCUACAUGUAUUAGCUGAUGCACUUGGUUCAGUUGUUGUUAUAAUAAGUGCAUUAAUUAUAAAAUUUGUUCCACAUGAUCAAAAUGAUAAAAAACAUUGGACAGUUUAUAUCGAUCCAACAUUAUCAAUAAUUAUUGUUAUUAUCAUAACAAUUUCUACUAUACCACUUUUUCGAGAUACAUCAUCAAUUUUACUGCAAACAAUUCCAAAAAAUCUUGAAAUUCAUCGAAUUAAAACACAAUUAUUAGAAACAAUUCCUGAUAUAAGUAGUAUUCAUGAAUUACAUAUAUGGCGUUUAACAGAUGAGAAAAUUAUUGCUAGUGCACAUUUACAUCGAAAAACUUUAGCAAAUUAUAUGUUAGUUGCUGAUAAAGUCAAACAAUUUUUUCAUUCCAUUGGUAUACAUUCUGUAACAAUGCAAUAUGAAUGUGAUGAUGAUUAUCAUCAAACACCAUUAUUAUAUCGAAAUACUGAUAGUCAAUCAAAAAUAGCUGGUGAUUGUUUACUUCGAUGUGAUGAUAAUGCAUGUGAUACACAGACAUGUUGUACAAUAGUAUCUGUUCGUUCAAAUACAUUAUUAAAUAGUAAUGAUGAUAAUACUAUACAAAUAUCCUCUAUUACUCAACCACAACAAAAUAAUAACAAUAAUAAUCCGAUAGAGACUGAAGUUGUAAUGGAUGAUAUAUCAGUUGAAAAUGAGAAAUUCUAA